AUUUUAAACCGGAAGUCAUCACAGAUCAAGAACUAUGCAGAGAACUGGAGGAUUUUUCUUUAAAAAAUGCAUUGACAGAAUAAAUACACAACUACUUGUAUCAAAGGCUAAGCCAGCAUCAAUUGUGUCGUCCAGAACACAUAUAAAAUCAAACACUGAUCCGAGGUAUUUUACUUUGGUUCAACAUGCAAAGAGCAGAUUUUUAGAUGAACAGAGACGAAGUGGCAUACUAUCCCAUAAGAUUGAGGUGAACCGAGCCAGACUUCAUUUUGAGACCACAGGAGAUGGGCCUAACAUUAUUUUACUUCUACCAGGAGCUUUAGGAUCCAGCAGAACAGAUUUUGAGAAGCAGUUGACAGAUUUUAAUAAGUCUGAUUACACCUUGAUAGCCUUUGACCCUAGAGGAUAUGGAAAAAGUAUACCACCAAAUAGAACAUGGCCAUUAGAGUUCUUGCAGAGAGAUGCUGAUGAUGCUUUUGAACUUAUUAGGAAACUAAACAUUCAUAAGCUUUCAAUACUGGGAUGGAGUGAUGGAGGUAUAACAGGAAUGAUCAUGGCUGCUCGACAUCCUGACAUUGUUAAUAAACUUGUUAUCUGGGGUGGUAAUGCAUAUGUUACAGAGAAAGAUAUGGAAGCUUAUCGAGGGUUAAAAGACAUUUGGAAAUGGAGUGAGAAGAUGAGGUCACCAUUUAUGACUUUGUAUGGCGAAGAAUAUUUCCAGAAGACAUGGGAAGAAUGGGUAGAGGCUUAUGACAAAUAUUUUACCAAAAGGAAUGGAGAUAUUUGUAAAGAUGAUUUGAAGAAUAUCAAAUGUAAGACAUUAAUUAUUCAUGGUUUAAAGGAUCCUUUGGUAGGAUUAGAACAUCCAGAUUAUCUUCACCACAACAUACCAGGGUCAAGACUUUACAUCAUGCCAGAAGGAAAGCACAACCUACACAUAAGAUACCACAGAGAAUUUAACUUUAUGGUGGAACAUUUUCUUAAGGAAACUUGAUAUUUCCUUUUGUCUUUUAAAUAGUUAUUUCUUCUUGACAUUAUAUGCAGGUUUAGCCAGUGUCAGUAUUUUUAAAUGGUUUGAGACAUUAACUAGGCUCUGUGUUGAAGAACAUACCUUGACCUAUAAUGUUUUAUUUUUAUAAAUUGUGACUUUAAUAGUUGUCUCAUUGGCACUCAUAGUCAUAACACAUUUUCCUAUAUCUAUUUAUAAUAUGAUCAAUGGCGUCCAGAUGUCAACAUUUCAGGUUGGCACAAAAUAUUUUGAACCUUUAAAAACUUUUGUUUGAUAAUGACUCACAGAAUGAAGGAGAUGUUAAUUGAGCUUUAUAUCACUUUUCUGAAGGUCAUAUGCUAUUGAUAGACUAAAAGUGGUUGAUAUUUUUUCACAUCAUGUUCAAUUGAUACUUUUUGUUUUAUGAUGCCCAAUUUAAUGAAAAAGGCUGCUUUGUAAAAGUUUAGAUCAAAGCAGGCUGUCUCUGGAUGGAUACAUUUUGAACCAUAUGUCUAAACUUCACCAAACUGAGUGAAGGAAGGACCCUUUCUGAUUUUUAUAAAUGUUAGUCAAGGGAUAAGGUCACAUAGUUUAUAAGAAGAAUGAAAUUGAUAAUCUUAAUUGGGGCAACUAAAGUUCUUACAUUUAGGGGGUCAUUCAAAGAGGUUAGGUUGUAAUCCUCAAACACUUGGCCUAUAAAUAGUGAAAAUUUUGUUUGCUGGCAACAUGGUUUGUGAUUUAAUAGAUCAAGGUGGUCUAAUCAUCUUGACAAGUUUUGUUGUAAUCCUAAAAUAGUUUUAAAAGUAUUUGAAAUUUGAAUAUGAUUUGCUGUAUGGUCUGUAUUUAUGUUAUGAAGUUAGCUUAGCAUAAUAAAGUCAUUUCUUACGUUGUUCUACCAAGUUUUGACAUGUAACUUAAUUUCUACAAUAAAAUAAUAACCACUCGACAUAAAAUAUACUACAAUUAAAUGCUACUACAACCAGUAAAACAAGUAUUUGGAGUGUUAAUUAGUUUUAAACAAUGAAGGGCAUUUCCUUGAAAAAUAAUCAAUGGACAGAAAUAUUGAAUUUAAGAUAAUUCCUGAUUUGUACAUUACUCUGCUAGUCCCUAUUGUGGUUAAAGUUGUGGUUUAGGGUAGUUCACAAUGAAGUUGUGGUUAUAUUACAAACUUGCUUACUUUUUGGCAAGGAAUGGUGUCCAAUGGACAGAUAUCCUUGUUUUAUUUAUUUAUUUAGGAAAGUUUCAUGUAAUCUUUAAUUUAGGCAUCAAUAUAUAACUGAUUAGAUGUUAAAUUUCAUUUUUGUACUUGUAUUAUCAAUUUUCAGAAUCAUUUGAGGAAUUAUAGUUCUCCUUGAAAAUUAUUGUUUCAAUCAUAAACUUUUUUUCCCCAUUAUGUACCAAUGACAUUAACAAAAGUGAAAAAUUGGAAACAAUAAUAUUGUUUCAAAGAGAAAAAACAAAACUGAAAAUAUGAUAGCAAAAAAAUUAAACCCUGCCAAGUGUUUUUCAUGAAGCUUGAAAAUGUCUUGUUUUUGACUAUUUAAUCUUAUUUGGCAGAAGUGUCUGGUAUCUUAAUCAAUAUGGCUUUCAUUGAUUGAAUUUAACAGGUAAAUUAUUUUUAUAAAUAUUUAUUCAACUGUUUGGAACAGAUAGCCUUUAUUAUGUCAUGUAUGUUGGAUAUUCAUGUAUUUUCAUUUGAAUAUAAUUCCCCAGGUAAAAAUUUAAAUAUGAAGUACAGAUAUGUAUAGACUGUGUUAACAGUUAACAUAAAAAAUACCCUAGAAUACAUCUGUACUAAAAUGUCGGCAAACAUUUAAUAGUAAUUUUUUGGAACAAUGAUAUCAAGAAGAAAAACAUUUUUUUUUUUUAUUACCUAGAUCUAUGGAUUCUGUCUUUUUGUUAUUGUAUAGACAUCAUUUAAUAUUAUAUACAUUUGUUGAAAUGCCAUAUUAUAUAAAAUAAAUGCUUGGUUUUGA